UCAAACUAUGUGGCGUACUGUGUGGCAAAGUCAGCAUGACGACACGGAUUGAAACUGCACUUCAAAGCCCUUUGGAGCCAAGGGGCCUGUCUUUUCCCUUGUGGCCCAACUUAUCAGAUUUACCCCAAGAGAUGAGGGUCAGACCACCUCUUCAGCCAGGCAGCCCUGAGCCCUGGCUUCUCCCAGGUUGUAGCUCCGUGUAUGAUAGUUUGGUCAGCUGUAGAACCCCACAGCCAUUGUGUGUAAAUGAAGACAGGAAUACCUCCACCAUAUCUAAGCCUCGCAGGUCCUCUAUUCUUGAGCGGUGCAUCCUCAAGAUAUCUACAGCCAAUGUGGCUGUUGGGACUGAGGAUCUAGAUGAGAUCAAGAGGUCCCCAUCAAGGCUCCGGUGGUGUUCUCAGAAUGUGGACCCAUCGCAUUUUGAGACUAAUGAGUCAGUUUUGAAGCGCAGACAGAAGCAGAUUCAGUAUGGAAAAAACACAUGUGGCUACCAAAACUAUCUGAAGCAGGUGCCAAAGCAUCUUCGCAUCCCUGGGUUUCAUCCAUCCACUCCCAACAAAUACCGCAAAUACAGCCGAAGGUCUUGGGACAUGCAAGUCAGGCUUUGGCGAAGAGCACUACAUGCUUGGGACCCACCUUCGACUUCUCAAGGGAACACAGAAGGACAUGACCCAGUCGAUCAGCUGCAGGGCUUGCUUGAGCAAAUGAAUACUGAGCCAGAUGAAGGCAAGGAAGAACUUGAGGUGGAAGUAUCUGACUCCUCUGCCUUGGCCCAUCCUCAACCAACUGAGGGUUCAACCAAUGGAUUCUGGAAGCCUCUUGCUCCUCAAGUUGAGGUAACAGGCCAGCAAAGCCAGGCUGCUGGGCUGGGCUAUACCUUCAGUAGUCAUCUAACUGCUGAGGAGAACGUCCUAGGAUGGCUGAGGUUUCUCUUGGAGACUGACCACACGUGCCGCGAAGUUGCCCCAGAGAGUGAACGGCCACUUUGGCGAUUUUACUAAUGUAACAUGAUUUUUCAGACCACGUGUAAAGUGUCUUUCAGGAUUAAAUAACGAUAAAGGUGUCUUAAGAUAUCAAACAUGUAUUUGGAUCUUAAAGCUGAAUACACAGCGCACACUAGUGGCAGUUUUGCAUCAAAACGUAUUUGCUUAAACUGGAUUUCAGAUAACUCAAUGAAAGCUGUUAAAAUCACUAGUCUCAUUUGUCUGUUUCACUACUUUUGUUCUUGUUUGUUCAUUCACUAGUUUCCUCACGAUCAGUCUCUUGGUGUAGCCACAGGGAAAAUAACUUGCUGCCCCCCCCCCUUUUUCAAAAGCACCGUUUGAUUUGUUAAAGCUCUCCUUCCUCUUUUCACAUUUUGUCGGACUUUGUUGGGAAAGGCUGGUAUCCUUAUUUUGUAGUUUUAUUUUGUACAACUUUAAAGUAGUGGAAAGCGAAAACCAAUAAAGAUAAAAUGCUAAACGUUU